CUUGAACACACUCAGAAACUGAGUAAUCGGUUGCACUCAUUCUUCGACAUGCUGCAGCGUAUCUCUCAUCGCUUGUCGCCAUUGUCUCAGUGGCAGUCGGCGCGGGUUUUUGUUCGUUCCCUGGAGCCGGUCAAGUUACGAUCUGCGGUGGCCGUGGGUCCUAAAACUGGCCAUUGGACGCAUCGGCUCGUUUCCGGUCCUUUGGGCUCUCGUUCCUGUUCUUCUGCAGCCCACGAAUUACCAGCCACUGGCAGAAAGGCGGCCAUCACUCCUAAACCCAUCGCUUCCGAUAAGGGCGCAUACAAGACUAUGGCUUUCUACAAGAUCCACGCUUUGCCUGAAGCAAGUUUACUUCCGCUCCGAAAACAACUACUCACGGCUUUUGAGGAAAUGGGAAUUGUGGGCCGCAUCUACAUCUCAGUCGAAGGCAUCAACGCACAACUUUCUUGCCCGGAAGCCAGCGUUAUUAAACUUCGAGAUUACUGCGAACAUGUCCUGAAGCCCAUGUUUGGCGGUAGCCUCAUGGAUCUCAAUUUUGCCACCGAGCAUGGUCCUCGAGCCUUCCGUGCCUUGCACGUUCGCAUUCGCAAACAGCUUGUCGCUGACGGUCUCGAUCCAGCCACGUAUGAUCUAACAAGUCAACCUUCGCAUUUAUCGCCAAAGCAAUGGCAUGAAAAAUUGCUAAACUAUAAAAAGAAGCAUGGAAAGGAUCCGGUACUCAUUGACAUGCGUAAUCAUUAUGAGAGUGAAAUUGGUUUUUUCGAAGGUGCCAUUCGUCCUGAUGUUAGUACAUUCAAGGGAAGCAUGAAGGCAAUGAAUGAAAUUACCAAGGAUUUGCCGCGGGAUCAGGAAGUGUUCAUGUAUUGUACGGGCGGUAUUCGAUGCUCCAAGGCAGGCGCCAUUUUACAAUCAGCUUCGGGAUUUCGAAAAGUCCAUCUUGUUGAAGGAGGAAUUACCGCUUACGGUCGAUGGAUCGAGGAAGAGAAGCAGGUUCAUUCCCUAUUCCGUGGAAAGAAUUUCACUUUUGAUGCUCGCAUGGGAGAACGCAUUACAGACGAAGUGUUUACGCGAUGCCAUAUCUGCGGUGAACCGUGCAAUCGGUACCAGAAUUGCGCUCAUGCUUCAUGCAACCUCUUGUUGCUGUGCUGUCCGAAAUGUGCGGCCCAAUUCAAAAAUACCUGUGGUCGCAUCAAAUGCUAUGAUACGGUGAAUGAUUAUAUGACUCGAGCAAAAAAAUACUUUAACCCGGAUGGUCCCGUCACGAUUGACGGAGUUCGCGCAUACAUCAAGCAAGGCGAGUCCCCGGAACAUCCGGCAUCCAAAGACGCCCCUGUGACCACGGAUCGUGUGGUGGUUGGCAAAAGCGGAGAACAAUGUGAACUGGGUCAUGAUAAACGUAUUCGUGCAGCCGAAGUCCUCGGCGAACCCCGUCAAGUUCUCCAAGAGUGGGUGAAAGCCGGUCGACCAUUACCGGAAGUCCCUUCCAAGCUCUAGAUUCUUAGAUACUCUUUAUUAGAUUUUUCCCUCAUCAGGUUCGAUUCGUCAUAAUUGUACAGUUUCAUUAUUUUUAUUACAAGGCAUCCUUUUUCUGUUUCAGAGAGGAUGUUGGCAAUUUUAAAAUGAAAAAAACCUAAUAUAAAAAACUCAUUAAAAGAAUAAUAUUUCUAAAGGUUUCACUUCAUCUGCAAUAAAGUCAGAAAAUG